AUGAAUGUGGAUAAAUUAGAUGAGUGGAAUAGGAAGGUUAGGACUUUGUAUACAUGGAGCCAUUUGUAUCUGGGGUUUAAGGUAGCUCAGGUCCAUUCUCGUAUGUUGCCUCAGCAAAAGCGUGCUGCAUAUUGGAAGCAUCGGCAUUCUAAGUUUGCACAAGCUAUCUGGACGAAUAUAGCAGAUUUGAGAGGUUGGUGGGUGAAAGUUGGUCAGUUCUUAUCUACACGUGCUGACUUAUUACCGGAUGAGUAUGUGUCUGAAUUGGCUAAAGUUCAGGACAUGAUGCCGACAUCGUGUUUUGAGAUUGUUCGUGGUAUUAUUGAGCAUGAGUUGGGUCGUCCAUUGGAUGAGAUUUUUGAGUAUGUUGAGGAAAAGGCUUUAGCUUCGGCAUCUAUUGGUCAAGUUCAUAAAGCGAAAUUAUUAACUGGGGAGCUGGUAGUGAUUAAGGUCCAGCAUCCGAAUGUAGACAAGAUGCUGAGUCAGGAUAUGGCCUUGUUGGGACAAUUGAGCUGGGCCUUUGGCUUGUUAGAACGUGGCUUAAGCUUCACUUCCGUACUUGAUGAAUGGCAAAAACAAGCAGCUCUGGAAUUAGAUUUUACCUUUGAAGCCAGAAGUCAGGAACGCGUUCGACUUGCUAUGAUUAACUCUGGUAUCAAUGUUAAGGUGCCAAAGUGCUAUCCUCAGUAUACAACCAAAAGAGUUGUAAUCAUGGAAUUUAUCGAUGGCUUCAAAUGUACCGACCAAGAAAUGUUAACGAAAUACAAUGUUGAUGUCGAUGAACUCUGUUGUGAAAUAACCAAGUCUUUUGCUUACCAAAUUCAUAUAGAUGGGUUGUUCAAUGGUGAUCCGCAUCCUGGAAACAUUAUGGUGGAGAUCGAUAAAAUUACCGGGAAGCCAAGACCAGUGCUACUUGAUUGGGGUCUGGUUAAAGAGUUUAAUGAAAAGGAGAGACUAGCAUUCGCUCGUCUCAUUACCAGCAUAUCACAGGUAGAUGUCAUGGGUCUAAUGGGCGCUUUUCAAGACAUGGGCUUCAAGUUCAAGAAACCCGCAUCAAACAAACACGGCACUAGACAGACAGACAAAACUGAAGAUGAUACUGGACCCAGUCCAAUACCCAUUGACCCAGAGAUUUAUAUGGACGCUAUUACAGUUCUUUUCACUAACAAGAAAUCGGCAGCCCAAGAGGAAGUGCUGAGUCAAAAGGAAAAGGACGAUGCAUGGUCGAAGGCAAAAGAAACAAAAAUGACCGAUGUACAAAACUCCAACCCUCUCGAUGACUGGCCCAAGGAUAUAAUCUUCUUCUUGCGGGUCGCAUCUUUACUACAUGGACUAACCAUACAACUCAAAGCGAAAGUUCCUUUCUUCCAGAUCAUGCUCGAAAGAGCGGAAGAAGCAGUGCGGGCGGACCGUGGUCAAAUUCCACGAGCUCUCUACUACGUCUAUAAGGCCCAUGGUGCAGCAGCUUCCGCCGUGCGAUACAAUGCGCCUUAUCAGGACCUCGUUUUUGGCCAGAAUUUGUCGAACGCGAUUAACGCCAUGUUGCGGCAGGCGAACACGCCUCAGGACUCUGCCGAUUACAUCUCGGGUCGAAGACCUCUGGACCUCGCCCCCGCGACCUUCAUGACGGGCAUGUUCCCUGCAGAAAGACUUGUCCCCGGACGCCUCUCUGGACUUUUCCCUACAGGUGGAAUAGUCCCGGUCGGAGACUGUAUCUAUCCGUACCCCGAGAUGUCCUUCCGCCCAGGAACCGGGAUGUUCAUGUCUCCCCUGUGUCCCUCGCCGUAUGCUACCACGCCAUAUGCCAUUUCCGGCCUCCAGGAGAAGUUCCAGCCGCGCUCUCUGUUGGAAUGGAAGCUCUUCAAGAUACUGGCGACCCUGUUUAGUAACGGGCUACUCGUUGGCGUACAAGUGAGUGUGUGGCAUCGCCGUAGCCAACGCGUGGAAAUCAACCUUGGCAAAAUGGGCGUCUACGACUCACGACCGGUCACUCCACGCACAUUGUUUACUGCGUUCGGUUUAUGUAACGUAAUUCUUGUUACGAUGUUGCUCCACCUCGUCAGCAAGCAAAAGCUGCGUCUGUCUGACUGCAUUAGUGAGUGGUGGGACGGCUUCGUGCGCAACGACAAACGGAACAUUACGGUGGAACAUCUUUUGACCCACCAGAGCGGACUGCACUCUUGGCUCCCGUCGACGCUGACCCUCAGCCAGCUAGCUUCGUACCCCUACAUGAUCAAGUUAGCAGAAAGCGCUUCUCCGGUCUGCAUCCCGGGACAGUGCGGGCACUAUCCACACGUGUGUGUCAGCUACCUGUACAAUGAACUAAUCCAAGCCGCAACCAAAACAGAUGUCGGCAAGUACCUUAGGACCAACUGCCUACGCGACUGGAAACUCAAACACCUACACCGCAUGAUUUACUUCCCCGUUCCUGGCAAACCGCCCGGCGACAAUGGCACUGCUGCUACGUCUGCGAUUAGCAACAACGCCGCAGAGGCCUCGGGAGCUGCUGGUGGAGGCGCUGCAGCGACUGCCGCGGCGGGUCUGCACUACGACGUCUCACCGGACCAAGCCGCGCUCCUCUCAACACCGGAGGUCCCCACACCGGCUAGCGAACAGGCGCAGCCGCGACGCAUCUCCUCGGUCCAGCACGACGAAAACCCCGAGACCGGCGUCACGUUCGAAGUCGAGCUGAGCGAACCACUGAUCGAGGCCCAGCUGCGGCUCAACCAGCGCGUACCCAACAGCGUGGUCACGCUGCUACAUGAACUGGAUAAACAUGAUGACGAAGACCCCUUCCGCUCCAGCCGCUACCUACCGGACCAUUCGCGGACACUCCCUACCGGCAUCUCCAGCUUUACAGAUCUCGCCGCCUCUGGUACCCUGGGUGGGCGACCCAGCACUCUUUUUACCGGCCGGCACCCAGGCCACGCUGAAUUGGAGCAGGGGUCUCAAGGAGGGGUGCACUCUGGCCAGCUAGGCGGGAACCCUAGCCAGUUGGCGGGGAAUUCCGUAGGCCCUGGUAGCAACCCCGGUUCUCUGGACAAUCCUAAGCAGCUGGACCAUGUUGGCCAGCUAGACCACCCUGCUCUGACUAGCCAGACGACAAUGGUGCCACCGUCUUCGCUGGCGGCGGGCGCACCGGCGACUCUUAGUAGGGAACAGGAGAUUACCUUGCGGUUGGCGUCCGUUAGUCGCGACUUGGGGGUGGCACGCAUGGCGGACGCGGCGAAUAUGAGUCAGACUACCAUCGGUACGACGGACGAGGAGGAUGAGUGCAAGUCGGUGAAGCAGCGUCGGCUUAAGAAGGCCGAGUGGAUGGCCAAACUGGAACAGACCAAGCAGCCGCCGCCAUUGGCGUUGCUCAGCAAGUUCCCGGGUCGCACCGGCAUGAUGACCGAGUUCCUAAAGAAGCAAGAAAUUGAAACCAGCAAAAUGGCCGCAUUACAGGCACUCUUCGACCAAAAGGUCGAGGGACUCACCGCCUUUGAACUCAUGCGCAAGCGCCCUCAUCUCUUCGACCCGCUCUUCUUCAAUGCCGCUCCUGUUGUACCUCUCCGCGUUCCCUUUGCAAACGCACGCGUUUCUGCACGCGCCAUGGCUACCCUUCUCCACCACGUCUGUCGGGGCGCCGUCCUACGCGACCGCGUCCUGCAUCAGGCUCUUCAACCUCGCUGCGCAGACAUGUCCCUCGAAGCACGUGUAGCCACUGGCGGCUGGGUGCCCCUCUACGGACUUGGCUACCAACUCCUGCCUCUCGAACCACACCCGCAACCGCAUUCCGCCAAAGAAGUCAUCGUCAGCAACGCUAACUUCGAGCUUACGCCCUCCACUGCCCCGAGCAGUCCCACCGCGGCCCCACCAAUGGCCCAAGUCACACGCAACACCCCCGCCGGACGAAACAAGCACCCCGUUUUGAGGUCCGUGCCCGGAGCUCCCCGGUUCGAAACCGGGCCCGGGACCGAGGACGGCUGCCGACAAAUGCGCCUACAAGCAACAGACGCGCGCAGCAGUCCUAUAGCGGAGACCCCUGGUGCGGAGGCGACCCCGAUCCCAGAGCUCCCCGACCCGGCUGACGCGGGGACCGGGCCCGUCCCGCGCGACGAGCUCGAAGACUCUCAUGCCGACAUAUUGUUGACUGCCUCGCCCCGGACCCCGAGCCAGGAGGCGAGUCUGCUACCCGCUCAGGGCCUGCUCCCCGCCCAAGGCACCGGAGUCGUCCCGGAGGCGGCGCUACUGCCGCCUGCGGCAGUACUGCCGGGCGCGUUGGAUGUGGUCGCGCCGGGCGCCCCGGGGCCGGAGCCUCCGCGCGCGUUCCGAGACGCCCGUGUUCAGCAGCGGAUCAUGUGGUCAACGGCGAACGUGCACGUCGCCUGGGAACUGCGCAAGACCUCUACACCCACCCCCUCGUCGCUCGCUCCUUCGCCAAUGCCUCUUGGAACGCCCGAACCCUCAGCUGCAGUUGGUCGAGACGUGGUAGUCGGUCGAGACGUAGCAGUCGGUCGAGACGUAGCAAUCGGUCGAGACGUCGCAAUCGGUCGAGACGGUGCAAACGGACGUGCCUCAGUCUCUUCCGCUUCCUCGCGGGUGAGUGGGACGUCCUCUGAGGGUUUGUUGCGAGACGGUGGCACUGCAGAGGGCAAGGGCGGUCCCGGCAAAGGCGGUCCGGGUCCCGGCGUCUGUUGCUACGCCUUCGGCGGCAGUGACACCGGCGGGAACCUUUGCUUCUCCGUGCCCGAGGAACAACUCACUGUCUGCGUCCUUGUCAACGACCACGUUAGUGGCAGUCACAUCAGUCGUGUGGUGCUGCAGGAAGUACUGCACAGCUUCGGAUAUAAUCCCCUCAAUAAUUUUUUCGUCUGA